AUGCGCGUCGGAUUAAAUGCAGAGUAUGCACCUCUCCGUGUCUGCGUACGCGGUACCAGAUCAUACGACAUAUUAAUUAAUUUUCUCCGAUUACGGGAAUAAUCAGGUUUUUUAUACAACAAAAACAUUAAAGACAUCAGAAAUACGUUACAGAUUCCAUCGAUAAUGCGGCAACGAUGAUAAUAACUCCAUACCUAAAUCCCCGUCUCACCCGGCCUCUAAAAUGGCUCUGCACCAUUCUCAUCCUCUACUUUUUAUACUCUUCACUGUUUUCGGAGCCUCAGAAACCGCCAAAACCGAGAAAAAGGCCGAAACCUGUCGAGAAUUACACGUGCCCGUUUGAAAUAUCAGAUUCUCCCCUGGAAAACCUGGAAUUUCAUGGGAACAACGGAACAGAUCCGAAAAUUCUCGUCAUUCUGGACUCGCUGUUCUCCAGAAACGGAAAGUCGAUAAUCCAGAUGCUGAACUCGCAAAAGUUCGCAUACAAAGCAGAGGCGAUCAGCAAGAAUCUGCCAGUGCUGACGACGGCGCGAAAGGGAAGAUAUUCGCUGAUAAUUGUGGAGAACUAUUAUAAGUAUCUGAAUAUGGCCAGGUGGAAUCGACAGUUGCUGGACAAGUACUGCAAAGAGUACAAAGUGCCCGUGUUCUCGUUCAUCGCUAGCAAACCCAACGACCAAUUGAAAAGGAUUCGCAUAAAGGCAAAACUACAAAAGUUGUAAUCAGAAAAAUUCUCAUAUUUGGAUUUCAGGGCAGUUCUCUGUGGAUGUGGCAGAACCAGCGGAUCCAAUCCCUUUCGGUCACCCCUUCCCCCAUCCACAAGCUCUCCAGGGUCGGAGCAUCCUCCCAUUUCCCUCCGGAGUCCCCGUCCGAUUGGGUUCUGUUCGAGACUUCGCCGCAGUUCGAGUCGAUUCUCGGUGGGACCGUCAAAAGCGGAUACGAACGGGCGGUGGUCGUGAGGGACCGGGGGACGGAGGACGGUGUGGAGAGGGUGCUUUUCGGAAGGAAUGUCUCUGAUUUUCAAGUCAAAAUGACAUUUUUGGACUCGCUCUGGUGGGCAAUGGGCGACAAGGACACGUUCUCGCUGGAUCGGUUUGUGCAGGUAAGUAGCAACGUAUCCAAGAAAAGUCUUAAUAAAUACUUUAACGUUUCAGGUCGACAUAGACGAUGUGUUCGUGGGCGCCCAGGGUACCCGAAUAGUCGAGGCAGACGUCAGACAACUGAUUUCCACGCAGGAAGACUUCCGCGAAUUCGUGCAGAACUUCACAUUCAUGCUCGGAUUCUCGGGCAGUUACUUCCGAAACGGAGACGAUGCCGAGGAUCGGGGCGACGAGAUGCUCGUGGAAAACGCGCGGAAGUUCGUUUGGUUCCCGCACAUGUGGAGGCACAACCACGCCCACGAGCACAAUUUCACGUACUUGGAGGCGAUUAUGACACAGAACAAGCUUUUCGCGCAGGUGCUUAGUUUCUGGAAAUUUCCGUUUUUACGUCUGACUUCAGAACAUGCACAUUCCGGUCGAUUAUCCGUACGCGAUCGCUCCGCAGCACGACGGCGUCUUUCCGGUCCACGAGCAAAUGUUCGCGGCGUGGAAGGCGGUGUGGAACGUGUCGGUGACGGCGACGGAAGAGUACCCGCACUUCAAACCGCCGAGCGGUCGGAAAGGAUUCGUGCACGCGGGCAUCCACGUGCUGCCAAGACAGACGUGCGGAUUGUACACCCAUACACAGUUCUUCGACGAGUACCCCGAGGGUUUCGGCAAGGUUCAGAAGCAGAUCGAGGGCGGAGACCUCUUUUUCACCGUUCUUCUCAAUCCCGUUCGUUUUUUUUCUGUUUGUUGUGUCAGUUAUGUCAGUUUUCCUUUCAGAUCUCAAUCUUCAUGACGCAUCAGCAGAACUACGCGCACGACCGUCUCGCCCUUUACACUUUCGAAAAUCUGUUUCGUUUUCUGAAGUGUUGGACGAAUAUUCGGCUGAAAUGGCAGAGUCCCGUCGACUCGGCUCGGAUGUACUUUGAGAAGUUUGCCGACGAAAAAACGCCAUUGUGGACUGUAAGAUUGCAGAAAUGAAACAAUUUGAUAAAACGUUUUUAGAACCCAUGCACAGAUUCACGCCACAAAGCCAUUCUUCCGCCGACCAUCAACUGCACGAACAUGACAUUGCCAAAUCUGUUGAUAUUGGGUCCUCAGAAGACUGGUAAGCAGGUCUCAGACUGAAAAUCGAUAUUAAACUCCGGAUUUCAGGCUCCACAGCCCUCGCCAACUUUCUUUCCCUCCAUCCGAACGUCUCGCAGAACUCUCCGAUUCCCGGAAGUUUCGAAGAGGUUCAGUUCUUCGGCGGAGCCAAUUACUUAAACGGAAUCGAGUGGUACCUGUCCAACUUCCGAAACGCCUCUAUAAUAUUCGAGAAGAGCGCCACGUACUUUGACAAUCCGACUGCUCCGAAGCAGGCGGCGUCGUUGGUUCCGAACGCCAAACUCGUCGUCAUCCUUCAGAAUCCGUCACAAAGAGCCUAUUCCUGGUUUCAAGUACCUAUCGUUCCUCGUAUUUUCAGUAAAACUCAUUUUUCAGCACCUGCUCGCGCACAAAGAUCCGUCAGCCGUGUCGGCCGGUUCUCUGGAAGCCAUUCUGGACAGUUCGGAUGCCACGUGGCGGAAGAUUCGGCAGAGAAGUGUGUCCGGCGGGCGGUACGUGCACCACUUGGACAAAUGGCUCGAGCACUUUUCCCUCACGCAAAUGCUCUUUCUCGAUUCGGAUGAGCUUAAAGAGCAACCCGCGCAGGCAACAAUUCAGAAUCAAACAUUUAGAAACUCUUUUUCUUUUCCAGGUGCUCAAUUCCUUGUCCAAAUGGCUCGAUCUGCCCGAAUUUCCGUUUGAGACCCACAUCCGAUUCAGUCCCUCCAAGGGCUUUCAUUGCCGAUUUACGGACGGGAAAACCAAGUGUCUCGGGGAGAGCAAAGGCCGAAAAUAUCCAGAAAUGAGUGAAAGUCUGCGGCUGAAACUCGACAAGAUCUUCGCACUCGACAAUUCGGCCCUUUACAAGUUCCUACGCAAAAACCGGCUCAAAAUUCCGACUUGGCUAGAAGAAUCGGUUAGAAUUCGUGCAUAAUGCUUAGAUUUUUUGUAUUUAUCACCUUGUCCUAAAGAAUUUGCUCAAUUUUCAUGCUUGUAGUUAUCCUUUCACGAUCUUUCGCUUCUCCAAACAUAUUUACGGGUUCUUUUUCUGUACUCUUGGAUUGAAAAUCAAUAAAAUCAAUGCAUUCUUCGUGAAGAUGUUUACCAAACUCCGCCUACUUGCAGUAUUUUUGUGAGAAAGUGGCCUCCUUCAUUCACAAGACAGGCAGUCAUAUCCACUCUUCUCUAUCGAGAGAGGUUCAUCCAAAUUCAAACUCCCGCAAAUCAAUUUCUGCGUUCACUGCAAACGCGUCAAUCAACCCCGUUUGCGUGUUCUUCGCAACACUGGCGCAUUUCUCGUGACGCGCCGGGUUCCUUUUUCGAAAAUUCUUCGUCUUUUCCCAUCGAUUUUCUCAGUUUCUUCGCAUAUUCUCUCUUUCACGUUUCCCAUUCAUUGUCAAACAUUUUCAGCAUGCCAAAGUACUACUGUGACUAUUGCGACACGUUUUUAACGCACGACUCUCCGUCGGUGCGAAAAACGCACAACGGAGGAAGAAAGCACAAGGAUAACGUGCGAAUGUUCUACCAGAAGUGGAUGGAGGAUCAGGCUCAGAAGCUUGUCGAUCAGACCGCCAGGGCGUUUGCAACCAAUCGGGUUUGUUUUUUUUUCGAUUUUUUCGACCCCAACCUCUAUUUUGGAAAAAAUUUAACUAAACUUGUAUGUUUUCAGAUGCAAGGAGCAGUGCCACGUACGACGAUGGGAAUGGCUCCAGUGCCGCCGGUCGGCCAUCAUCCGAUGAUGGGCGGUCCGCCCGGAAUGCCAAUGGCCAUGGCCCCGAGACCGUUCCCAGGACCGGCAGUGGGAUUUCCAGGGGUAAGUGAAAUAUAAAAUCAUCCGAACGCUCUAGUAUCAUCAUUAUUUUGCAGAUGCCGUUUCCGGGACCAUCAAUGGGCAUGGGAGGACCGCCAGGAAUGCCGCCGAUGAUGCCCCGUCCGCCGCAGCAAUUCCGUCCGAUGUGA